CUUUUUCUUCCUCUAACUUGCAAAACACGCGAUUCUCUCUCACUUGGCCCGCACAGCUCUUUCUUAGACUGACCAAACCCUUGGCUCAGUCUCAACAUCCUCUUCCGCCUUUCACAGACCCUUUUAUGCAACCUGCGCCUCCUGAAGUCUCUCAAACCGCGACUCUAGUAGACCAAGCUCAAGUUCCUGCGCCUCCCACACAGCAUGGAGAGCCAGUCAAUGAUCAACCGGCCUCUGUCGGCACGCUCUAUGGGAGCAGCCCCGGCAUGCCAUCCUCGAUCCCGGACGAUACCGACAGUGCCUCGGUCAGUUCUAGAGACACUCAACGUGGCCGACCAUCCAACGCCGGACGGAUAAGCAGCCGUAACACCUCUUCGCAAAGCGGCUCUCCUGGCAGUCGCAUCGAAGAAUAUGAAAAAGCAAAUGCAUCACGUCGAAAACGUUCAGAUGGCAUGAUCUUUCAGGUCAUCCCAUCUGCAAAAGGCAGAACUCAGCAUGUGUCAAUUGAGAGCUUCCCCAACGAGGUCUUGACCCAUAUCCUAUCCCAUCUGCCUCCCGAGACACUGUCUUCAAUGAGUUUGGUCUCUCAGCGCUUCCACAAAUUGGUCACUACUCCUCCUGCAUGGCGCAUCGCUUUUGCUAGAUUCUUCCCCGGAGCAGAAGCACUCGAAACCAAUUCUGCCAAGACGGCUCGAGACUCGGUUUCCGAUGUCGAAAAGGCGCAAAGGAGAUCGUUUACAAGACUGUCUGCGCUCUCGUCCUGGAGAAGCGAGUACAUCCUCCGAACGCGGUUGCUUCGCUCAUUGGGAAGAGGAAGACCUGCUCUCGAAGCAAUUUCAAAGUCUAAUGCGUCUCGCCAUCCCAGCAGUGCCGCUGUCACCACUUACCAGUCCGGGUUGUACUAUCCUGUCGGUCACGUUCAUGCAACGUUCGGCGUCGGCUUGAACAAGAGACAGCCUUCGUUUAUGCAUGGUGCUGUCGAACAGGGAGGUGUGUCUGUUAGUGAACCCAGCAAUGGGAAGCCCGGUUCUUGGGGCCUAGCCGACUUCGAAGGCUUCAAGCACUUUGCGGAUCAAUAUCCCGGCGAGUUGCCGUAUGGCCUUGGCCCGGGAAACCUGGUUGGCAUGGAAAAUGUCAUGGACAUCAGCCAGCCAUAUGGGAAACUGUAUGGAGAGGCGUGUCCUGGUGGGCGGCUCUACUACACCUCGACAAGUGAGCAACGCGGUCGGUUUGUUCCCAUUUCUUCCGCUGCCAACCAUGCUCUUGGGGUCCCUGAAGUCACGAUGAUUGGUUGUGCCGUCUGCUCGGUUUACAUCGCCAAGUCUGAGUCGCUUCUGAAGUUGACCAACGGGUUGUUCGGCCUUCUUGCAGGCUUCUCAAAUGGCGUUCUUGCCGCCUAUGCGCUCGGUGUCAAUCCAGUGCAUGACCGGCGCUACGAGAAGGGCGAACCUACGGCAAAAUGGGUGCUCUGUCCUGGGGUCCCAAUUGUGGGGAUCUGCGUCGACGAGAAGAUUUCCGCCCGAAGGUUGAGCUCUGAUCGGAUUUGGGCUGCCGUCAUCAAUGCACUUGGCGAGGUCUUCUAUCUCACCGAAACUCCUACGAGACCCGACUUCUCUGGAAAGGCAUCUCCUACCGAUACCGAUCGACUUGCGUGGCAGACUGGCAAAACUGUUGAAUGGACACUCGUCGAGGCCACAAGACGACAGGCAAAACCAGAUCCCUUCGGCACAGCUCAAGUGGAUGGCAGCUAUACGCCUCGAACUUCCAGCGACAGAUGCCACUUGAGCAAGGAACAAGUCAUUGCUGAGACGAAGGAAGUGGAAAAAUUCUUACUUCACAAGCCGAAGCAUUUCCAGGCCUUGUGCGAAGGCUGGGACAUGCGGCGCAAGAUGGUCGUCGACUUCGCUGGUGAUGAUCAUCUUGGUGCUGGAGAGUCCUUCUUUGUUGUCGAACGUGGUUUGGAUGUUGACCGACCCGCCAUGAUUCGUCGCUUUACACGUUGCAAGACCAAGAUUGCUGUUGAUUUCGACCUUGACAACUGGCCGACGAUCCAGUCGAUCAUCAAUCGCCCUUCCUCUAUCUUUGGGACAGGUCUUUCCUCUCAGCCUGAUUCACAUGCAUCGCCGGUUUCGGGAAGCAUGCCAAGAUCGCGUACGUCGAGUCAUGAUGACACCGCAGAUGCAAAAUUCCGGCAAGACUGGCAUAUGUCGCAGUUAUCCUUCGCGGACCACCGAAACAUUCAAAUUUCGGCACUAGCCUCUGAUGAUUCGGAUUUCGCUACAUUGACGGUCAACGAAGAUCCACUACUGGGAAUGUCCGGUGGCUCUACUGCCUCUUCCCCUAUGGCUUCUCCGUUGGGUCAUAUACCUCCAGUGAGUUCAGCGUCCGAGAUCCCGGGCCAUCGUGCUCGACUGUUAGGCAUUGGUACCAUGUCGGGGGUGGUCAUGCUGUGGGACAUGCGUGCUACACUCUCACCCAGCCCCGAGGUUGUCAAUACCAUACAGCCAGUACGAACUAUCUACACAAAGAGUCCGCAGAUUGCUUCAUUGGCAAUGACUUCGCUGUAUGUGGUCCAUGGAGGCAAUGAUGGUCUGGUACAGGCUUGGGAUCCCCUUGCGUCCACCAACGAGGCUAUCAGGACUUUGAACUCUCGCUUCUCUGAUCGGGCAAGACGACGCAUAGCUCAGGCUGAGGCGUCUGUGCAGGGUGUGGGCAACAACUACUACGCUGCUGGAGCGAUCGCCCUUGACCCGGAUCCGACUGUUCUGCGAGGGAUUGUUUCUUUGGGAACUUACCUUCGCUAUUGGUCGUACAGCUCCACAGCUGCUGAUGCAUACAAAAGUCGGAAGAGAGGACAGCUCCGUCGGCGAUCUGAACGAGGCAGCAAUUCCACACCAGCGAAUCAGAAAGUCAGCGCUACCGGUCGCGGAUUGCUCAAAGACUAUAUCAGCAACGAGCGAUACGAAAUGGAGAGGGAGAAAGUUGCAAGAUACAAGGAGAAUGAGCGUUUGAGCGGCAGGUUCGGCACCAAUCUUCUGGGAGAGGGAGCAAGCGAAGAGGAGAUUUUAGCCUAUGCUACGAUGCUCAGCGAGGAGGCCUUCUCGAAUGACCAAAUCAAAAAAGGAGCCAGUGAACGCUCCAGCUCGUAUGCCUCCCCAAGCUCCGCGGAGGGCCGCGAGAAGGGCACUCAGGUGGAUGCUGAACUCGAAGAAGCCAUCCGUCUCAGUCUGCUGGGCAGUGAACAGGUGUCCACCUCUCCAGGACCAACCGACUUCGGCAUCCCCAUUCGAUAUGCCAAAGGCUCCCGCUAUGGCACACCUUCCAGAGACGCGAAUGCCGGUAGUAGCAAGGCUCAGGCCGCGGACCCUGAUGAGGAGGGUGAUUUGGAAUUUGCUUUGCAGCUGAGCCUGGCGGAAGAGCAGAGCAGGAAGGCGGCGGAGGACGAGUUUCCAGCGCUUUUACCCUCUUCGAGUCCAGGCUCUGAGGGUAGUGGGAAGGGUAAAGGAAAGGGGAAAUCUCGUCGUCAUUGAAGAGGAUUGCUUUAUUUUAUAUUUCACUUCUCUUGAUCCUUUUUGUUCAGAGGCUUGUUUCGGGGGUCUGCCUCGAUUGUCUUUCUUGAGAGGUAUGGACGGUACCCGAGGGACUUUCUGUGUUUCAAUGUGCUAUCGCAAGCACCGUAAUUCCAAGAGAGGCUUGAGAACCAACUUUCACCCUGAACGAUCU